CCUUCCGGGACGAUGCCCCGGCGGCUCGGCGGGGGCUGGCCGGUGGCUCCAAACCUCGUCCCGGCCGCCGCUGUCCUCCUGGGCGCGCUCUGCUUCCCCGGGGCUCUGGCCUCGUCCCUGCUCACAGGAUCUGUUGCAAAAUGUGAAAAUGAAGGGGAAAUUCUGCAGAUACCGUUUAUCACAGACAACCCCUGUAUAAUGUGUGUUUGCCUGAAUAAGGAAGUGACAUGCAAAAGGGAGAAGUGUCCAGUGCUCUCCAAGGACUGUGCUCUCGUCAUUAAGCAGAGAGGAGCUUGCUGUGAGCGUUGCAAAGAUUGCAGUUUUGGAGGAAAUACAUACAACAGCUCUAUGAAAUGGCACCACCCCAGCAAUCCCUGUGUUACAUACCAGUGCCAGGAAGGAGUGAUAGUAGAGUCGGAGGUACACUGUGUUGCCCCUUGCAAAAAUCCUACCAAACUCAUGGGAAUAUGUUGCCCUGUGUGUCCAGGUUGUAUAUUUGAAGGGAGACUUUACAAUGAAGGAGAAGAAUUUAGGCCUGAAGGAAAUAAAUGUACCAAGUGCUCUUGUAUUGGUGGCCAGACACAGUGCAUCCGAGAAGUCUGCCCCAUUCUCUCAUGUCCCCAGCACCUCAGUCACAUUCCUGCUGGACAGUGUUGCCCCAAAUGCUUAGGACAGAGGAAAGUGUUUGACCUCCCAUUUGGAAGCUGUCUCUUUCACAGCAACGUGUAUGAUAAUGGGUCUUCAUUUACUUAUGACAACUGCACAGUGUGUACAUGCAAGGAUUCAACAGUGAUAUGUAAGAAGAGGUGCUUACUUCCUGGUGAAUGCAAUAAAAACAAAGACCACUGCUGCAAGGAGUGUGUCUCGUAUCUCUCUCCUGAGGAAGUGAGUGUGUGCAAGUUUGGCAACAAGAUCUUCCAGGAUGGAGAGAUGUGGUCCUCUGUGAACUGCACCAUCUGUGCUUGUGUAAAAGGCAAGACAGAGUGUCGCAAGAAGCAGUGCAUUCCAGUCAGCAGCUGUCCUCAUGGUAAAAUCCUGAACAGGAAAGGAUGCUGUCCCAUUUGCACUGAAAAGCCUGGCGUUUGCACUGUAUUUGGAGACCCUCACUACAACACUUUUGAUGGACGGACAUUUAACUUUCAGGGAACAUGUCAGUACGUUUUGACGAAAGACUGCUCCUCCUCUGCCUCGCCCUUUCAGGUGCUGGUAAAAAACGAUGCCCGGCGGACCCGUUCUUUCUCCUGGACAAAGUCAGUGGACCUUGUGUUGGGCAGAAGCACUAUCAGCCUCCAGCAGCACCUCACAGUGAAGUGGAACGGGACCCGCAUCUCCCUACCUUGCGAGACGCCACAGUUUCAGAUCGAUCUGGAUGGUUAUUUGUUGAAAGUGACAACCAAAGCAGGCUUGGAAAUCUCAUGGGAUGGAGACAGCUUUGUGGAAGUCAUGGCUGCGCCUCAUCUGAAGGGCAAACUCUGUGGUCUGUGUGGCAACUACAAUGGGCACAAGCGAGAUGACCUGAUCGGGGGCGAUGGGAACUUUAAGUUUGAUGUGGAUGACUUUGCCGAGUCCUGGCGUGUGGAGUCCAAUGAGUUCUGCAGCCGCCCGCAGAGAAAACCUCUGCCCGAGCUCUGUCAUGGGACGGUUAGGGUGAAACUCCGAGCCCAUCGGGAAUGCCAGAAACUCAAAGCGUGGGAGUUCCAGAGCUGUCAUUCAACGGUGGAUUAUACCACAUUUUACCGGAAGGGUUUGCUCCUGCUCAUGGCUAGCAUUUCUCUUUAAAGACUGCUGGUUCACGUCAGCCUUUGUAUCUAGUAAGUGGCUGUGCCCAAGCAACACACUGAAAGUUAAGUUUGUCAUGAAGGAGAACAAAGCUUAGCUCCAUCUGGUCAUGUCAUCUCAUCCCACCUCACGGAGAAAGAGGUCAUUCUGACUUUGUAACAUCCAUGUGGGUUCCUGUGGCUCCUAGGCCAGGCUUAUAUGUCGUGGAGUCACUAUGUCUAGCACAGGAAAUUUUAAUGCGUAGCAUUUUAAUCAAGGAAGCUUGAACUGAAUGUUUUGUUGUGUGCUCAAGGAGUCUGAAUCCUUCAAAGCCUUGAAGUACAGAACUGCAAAAAAAAAAGGCUGAUGACAGUUCUGAGUCUUGGCUCCUCUGCUGUCAGUAGGAAAAUCCCCAUCCAUUUCACUGGAGCCAGUGUUUUUAUCCACUGUGUUUUCAGGCUCUGUACAGUGGUUUGCAAAUGAGAUCUUGCAGUCAGGAAGGUUAAAGAACUGUGGUAGCAUGCAGAACAUGUCUUAUCCAGAGCUUUCUGCAUACGAAGUAGCAGGCUAAGUCAAACUGACCAGAGACCAGAAACCAGGUCUCUGCCUCCUGACUGAGUCCUGUAUCACCAUCAAACUGUUAUGUUCACCCUCUUUAUUGAAUAUUGUAUGGGACUAUGGCUGCACUGCUGCUGUUUUAAGACAACUGUUCUUGGUGGGUAGGAGGACCUCUCUGUCAGAGUGAAGUCAAGUUAAUGCCUGAGAGUGCCCACAUGGUCUUGAGAACAUGCAGAGCAAAAGCAGAGGUGCCUGGGGAAACAUAAAAAUGGGAACUAAAUAUCUAGCAUGGAUAUCCAGCAAAUAAUAAAUAUCUAUCAAACUAAAUAUCCAGCAAGAUCAACCUCACCAUGGGCAGGGCAACCGAGAUGGGACUGCAGUUUUGCAUUUGCGUGUUUGAAUCCUGCCUAAAUCAUGCUUUAUGUGCCCAUGUCUUUGUAUGGGUCUGGGCCAGGACCGCACAGAAGCCAUAAAGCCAGGAACACAGUGGUUAAUUAGAAAGAUUCAGUUUAAGCUGGCUCUUAUGCCACUUCUCACAAGUCCCAUUUUUAGCAGUUAUCUUUGAUGAAGACCAAACAGGGAGACCUCUGAGACGAAAUGCACUGUAUGCUACAGGCUGGGAAGUGGCAUGCUUAUUGAGCCUGAUUUUGCCAAAACAAGAUUUUUAGCCUUUGUUUUGUAAAAGGAGCAAGAUAAGGAGGAAAGCUGUUUUCUAAGUGGCCGUCUCCUGUGUGCCCUUUCCCUUGCUCUCUUUCUUUCAUAUUCCAUCUGGUGCCAGUGACUUUUUAAAUGCUCUGCAGCCACCUAGAGGAAAAAUACGCUUGACUGAAGUUAAUUUUAUAUGGGUUAAGCCACGGAGUGGGCUCUGCAGAGGAUGAGAAUGUGAGUUUCUAAACUAGCCAGCCUGUUUAUUAUUAUAUCACAAGGCCUCCUUUGAAAUAUAUGCAGUGAAUCAUCAACAAAAGCAAAAGAUAACUUCAGUUUAUGUUUGCACUUCAGAAAUAUUUCCUGCUUCAUGUUCUCAUUGUUCUUGUUAUAAAACAUAACAUAUUUUUAUGACAGAUAGCAUAGCAGGGCCACGGUAUGUUUUGUCAUUAGACAGAAGGAGGUGAUCUGUUUUGAAUUCUUUUUUUUUAGAAGAUUGAAAACUUGCAUUAUUUUAUAUGCCUGUCUCAUGGCUAUGGCAAUAUGUUGUUGGUAUGUCUACAUGGUUUAUGGUUCUGUAGGUUCUAUCUAGGACAUUCAUAGUGCUCCUGGAAACCCUAUGGCUUUUCCUCAAAUGAGGACAGUCACACAGAAUACGCUUGUGGGCUCUCUGUCUACUAAAGUGAAAGUUGGUGAACUCAGAUUCAUUUCGUCUAUGCCGUGUUCGUUUGCACCAUAUGAAACAUAAUAGCAAAGCUCAGCUGUUGAUUGAAAGUGCCACUUGGUUGGUGUAAAGCUAGAUAUUAAAACAUGUCUGUCUUUUUGAAAUGGAAUUGGAAUGACUGGGUUUUCUUCUCUUUAGAUAAGAAAUGACAGUUCACUCUCCACUUGUGCCUGAAGAACUGAGUCUGAGUGGACUCUUCUUUAAAAAACAAGUCUAGACAUGGAGAAAAAGAUAAAAUUUUAUUUAUUAUGUCAAUUACAUAAUGCAAAGGCUCAAAACAGUGAUGGGUUUUCCAUUGUAGCUGUGCCAGAGGACACUGAAAAUUCCAUUACGAUGGAGUGUCUCUGUCAUAGGGCAAAUUCAAAUGAGCAGUGUAAAUGCUAAGCUAAGUGUGUGCAUGAAGUGAAUAGAAAUGUAAAAAACCCCUUAGGAAGUAACUUUCUUUCUGAGCAUUAAACCCAUAGAGCACCUAGAGUUUUUUUCACCAGAAGGCUUUGCAUGAUAAGCCAUAUCAGGUAGCAUUAGACAUACUGCUGCUGUAAUCUUUACCAAUUAUUUGAUGGGUA